AUGCCCAAAGCGGAAUCAUCCGGCCGAUCAGAAGACUCGUCCAUUCCCGCGCAGUCCAUGCUUCUUCACGCCGACCCGGGCCUGGCCGAGGUCCCAGGCUUCAGAAAAGAGCAAUUGGACGCCCUGGCCCGCAGCGUUGAGCUGAGAAGGCAGCAGCUCGAGGCCGACAUCCGGGACUACAUAGCGGCCAAGCAGGACGAGCUGCGCAGACAUGGCCACGAGCUUGUAGACCGGUACCGCUCCAUGGCAUGCGACCAGCAGUCCGCGUCUGCAGAACAAAGCUGUGCAGGUAAUGCCGAAGGCCCUGCUGCACCGCUCGACCCGGAGCCCGAGGACAAGAUCAGGCACAAGAAGCACACCAGAGUGCACAAGAGGGAGAAGGAGCUCUAUGGACUAGUCACGCCCGUUUUCCUUCCCUUGCUCGAUGCGCGCGACAGUUCGCCCGAAAAGAAGAACAAGUCCAAGUCCAGGCCCGAAGCCGCGCACAGCCCAGUCACCCCGGCAAGCAUAGCACACGCAGGAGCGUCAGGACAUGCUGAGCACAGUAGAGACGACCGGAAGCCUACCAGCGACGCCAAGGACAUGGAGGGCAUAGCGCUGGGAGAGCCAGCCAAGCUGAGGCAGCCAGCUGAUGGAGACAAGAAGACCAAGCGCACCACGACGAAGAAGUCUGCGCUGCGGCACAAGGACACGCCUAGAUUGCGCCGGAAGAGGGUCAGUCUGGUCAUCGAUGGCCAGACCGUCCUUCCCGCAGACACUGUCGACGAACCACCUCUGACUUCGCCCAGCAGCGUAGCAACAUCGGCAUCCAACUCGACCGCUUCGCUUGACGACAUGAUAGAUCCGCGACUCACCACCCCGGAGCCACCAGUCCACCUCGAACACCGUGACGCCGUGCACCACAGCCUACCUCUCCCCAUGACCAACGCCAUCAACUCGGCUUCAAAGCUCCUCUCCGAAGCCCCAACACCCAUAUCCGUCGUCGCCGCCGCCCAAUCACCCCCAGUUGCCUCCCUACGGUCCCCCAGCAUAACUUCGGGUCCUACACAAACUGCGACACGUACAUUCCUCGACCCUUCGCCCGCCGUACACCAACAGAUCACACAAUCGAUUCCGGAAACCGCAGGCCCAGACCCCAUCUACUCGACCGCACCAGCCACGAGCGCUGAACUCGAAAUUGACGACCUCGCAGACGACGACACGAAUUUCGAUACCUACGUCGGCGGCUUACACGGGAGUGGUGUUGAUGAUGUGGAUCAAGCGGGCAGUUACGGAUAUCCGAGUAGUCUGGGCGCCAGCUACAUGGAGAGCUAUAUGCAGAACCGGCCAUUGAGCGUGAGGAUGCUGGCUGCGAAUAAGGCGGGUUUGGGUGACGAGGAGAAGAGGAAGUUGCUCGAGGAAAGAGACGACAAAGAGGCCGAAGCUGAUGAGGAAGAAGAAGAAGAAGAUUACAGGAAUAGCGCGAAUGCGAGGCACAAGGCUGUUGACGCAGCCGAGGACAAUUUCAUGGGAGAUAUGGACGACUUCUGA